AGCGCAGCACCGCAGUUAUUGAAGCGUGUUGAGACAAAUCGAUAGCUAUAUAAGAACGUCAACGUCGAUUUCUAUCCUCCGCACUCCUCCUGAAGCUCUCGUCCAUCAUGAUCAUCUUACCGCAACCUGACGAAAAGUCUCUAGAUGGCUUCAACACUACGACGCAGGUCUAUUAUGCAUCAAUGCCCGUUCCACGGCCUGCUUCAGCGCCUAUUCAAGGAGAUAUCAACGACUUAUCAAGUCAUCUUGACAAUAGCUUGAAUAUUGACGAACAACCUCCAGCCUAUGAAGACCAUGUGCCAGGGGCUCAGCUUCAGGCCAACCCAAUACCUACUGGCGAUGUGAAGGAUCCGAACGUGUUUCGUGAUGGUCCUGGUGGCGACGAAAACAAGGACGAUGACGAACCCAGAAACGCGCGUCUCGCAUCUUCCUCGCGAGAUUUGAACACCAACUCAGCCAUCCCAGGUCGUGCCCCACGAGAGGCUACUUUCCCUCCCCUUGUGAUGCAUUCUCGAAGCAAAAAACUUGAAGACGGCUUCUACGCAAUGCUCCCGCCGACGGAUGUUCAGCCACAUCCUUUCUCCCAACGUGACAUUCGGGAAUCCGAUUGGACAAAGUUCCUCUCCGAUCUGCAGACAUCAGCUCGGCUGUCUCCAGAAAGUUCAUCAUCUGAAGACAGGAGUAAUUUCUUCAAGACUAUGGGGAGCAUGUUUCGAUCAUUCUCCGGUGCCCCAGGGAAACAAGCUGAGCAAGGGAACCAUCGUGGUCCUGCAGCGUUGGUUGAUACCUGGAAUGAGAAUUUCUUCCAUCGACGUGGGCUUGAUGUCGUCCUUGCCAAAGGAGGACGCAGACUAAAUGGUGAUAGGUCUCUACCACCUCCUGACUCCCUACCCUCUGAUGGAUCCACGAACUCGCGUUCGCGUUGGACCAUGCCAUUGUCAAUGCCGCAAAUGACGCCCGUGCACCCGAUGCCUAUAAUGCCACCCCUACCUGGGCCCUUGAUGGGUCAUCUAGGCGGAAGAAAUCCCGGUCUCCAUCGCUCGAAGUCUGCUACCUCGUUGUCUUCAUGUAGCUCUUCAGAUUCAGACAGUGAUUCAGACUUCGAGCAUGAUAGACGCCAUCCGCAACGACAACCGCAACCUAACACUCAACCCCUUCCCCGCUCUCGUUCGUUCGAACGCGAGCCAGGAUACUCAUCAACCUACUACGCCUCGAAAGCAGAGCGACACGCGGCUCGCAAAAUUCGCCGUGCCGCACAUCGAGUACAUCGUGCAGAGCGGAAGGAGCGUAAGAGGGAGCGUCGGCUUGAACGCAAGUACGAACGAUUCGCGCACAAGGCAGCGCGAUGGCAUGCAUUCGUGGGUGGUCUCGGUGCAGGACACGGGCCAUUAGGCAUGGGCCCGUCAGGUUCCGGAACAGGAAUGGGAAUGGCCUUUGGUAGAGGGAUGGGUGCAGGUUGUGGAAGAGGAGUAGGCAUGGGUUGGGGAAGAGGAAUGGGUAUGGGCUACGGAAGAGGAAUGGGUUUAGGACGUGGUGGUCAUCACAUGGGUCCGUGGUCCAGAUCUACAGAGAGGGGACUUGGAUUUGGCCCAGGAAUGGGAUUCGGGCAGUCAAGUGGAGAGGAUGACGGAUACUAUAGGCUCGUCGUAAGUGAUCUGUUAUGAGUGCUUUGUGGGAUUUUCUAUGAUUGUGGAGUUAUUUUUUAACUUUUUAACAUUACUUCCUUAUACCACUGUGGCAACUCUUCGUUUACUCCACCU